UGCGGUGCUUGCCUCUGAUGCCAACGCCGACUGACGGUGGGAGCUGCAACACCAGCGAGGUUCCAUAGAAACCAGCCAGGAGGAAAAGGAUCCAGGGAAAAGUCCAGGGGCGAAGGUUGGUCCGACGUCUACAGAAAUCUGGCAAGUAUAGUGGUUGCAUGAGACAUUAAGGGAACACCGGCGCCGGGAGGGACACAAAAAGUUCCCAGGGAGGUAGAAAGGGGCUCUGUCUUGUGUUUCCUGACGCAUGCCGUUGAGUGGCCGGGUGCCCAGGCCAAGACAGUCCCCUCUAUUAGGCAGGAUGGGAGGGAAAAAUUCAAAGAGCUCCACUCCCUUACAAUGCAUCUUAGAUAAUUUUGGCUCUUUUGCUAUCAGAGCCGUAGCAGGCAAUCCAAGGGACCUGAGAGAUUAUAGACUGAGGAAUUUGUGUCAGGGAGAAUGGCCAGAGUUUGGGUUAGGUUGGCAAGUAGAAGGAACGUGGGAUCUGAAACUGAUCCGAACAGUGGAAGAAUAUUGUGCUGUGAAUCAUCCGAACCAGUGGGUCUAUAUUGCUACUUGGGAACGGGUAGUUAGAGAAGAUCCAGGUUGGGUUCGACAGUGCAGGAAUGGCAAAUGUAUGGUGGUGAAGAAGGAAGGGAAAAAGAAGGAAGUUUUCCAAUCCAAUGAGGAGGACUACCCAGAUUUACAGUUGAGUGUACAGGCUAGACAACAGGAAUUACUGCCGCCACCCUUGCCACCGCCCCCACCCCAGGGAACAGUUUCCGGUGCACCUACACUAGAAACGAGACCCCCACCCUACUCUCCAGAGUCAACCGAAGCGGCCAAGAAACACUAUCCUAGCCUAGAAAAAUAUCAGGAGGAAACAAAGGAAAAGAAGAAGUCACAACGGAUGCCCAGUGAUGCUUCUCCGGCACAAACUCGGAGACAUGGAGCUCCGGUGUGGCCUGGUGAUUCACCGACCAGACCGGCCCUCCAGAUGCCCUUGAGAACGGUGCCUGUGAUAAACAACAGGAAUGAGAUAGUUCAAGCAUACCAGGUAGUGCCUUUCAGUAGUAGUGACAUUUUGAAUUGGAAAAAUAAUACUCCACCUUAUAGUGAAGAACCCCAAGCUAUGGCUAGGCUAUUGGAAGGGAUUAUGGCAACCCAUAAUCCCACCUGGCAAGAUUGCAGACAAUUGUUGAAUAUGUUGUUCACAUCAGAAGAGAGAAGAGCAGUGUUGAAUAAUGGGGUAGCCAUAGCCCAGGUUGGGGCCCCACAAGAUGGUGAUGCAGCCGAGUGGGGAGCACAGAGGUUUCCUGUGGAAAUAGAUCCCCAAUGGGACACCGCAGAAGAAGGACAUUUGCAGAGACUGAAAGGAUUCCAGCGUAUAUUGGUAGAAGCAGUAAAGAGGGGCCCGCCGCGACCCGUCAACAUUAUAAAAAUUCAGGGAGUGGUACAGGAAAAAUCUGAGUCACCAACAGCCUUUUUGGAAAGGCUGGAGGCAGCAUAUAGAAAGUAUAGCCCGUAUAAUUUGGAGGAUGAAAACGGUAGGAGGGUGAUUCAACAGUCUUUUAUCAGUCAAGCGGCUCCUGACAUCCGGAGAAAGAUUCAAAAGCAACCAGGAUUUCUAGGAAAGACUAUGAAUGAAUUGUUGGCACUCGCAGAUCAAGUUUAUAUGGCAAGGGACCAGGUAGAAGAAGAGAAGAAGGACAGGAAGAAGAAGCAGGAAUACCAAGCAUUAGUCACCAUGAUGGAACAGAGUGCAAGUGGACAGAGAGGAAGAGGAGGAUAUGCCAGAGGGGGACAAGGAGGAAGAAGAGGGCCCCCUCGGAGGUUAGGUCGAGACCAAUGUGCUAAAUGUAAGAAGUUUGGACACUGGAAAGGUGAAUGCCCAGAAGGAAGAGAAGGAAGUCAGGAAGGACCGAGAGAAAGAGGAAGGCCUGAGAGAGGAAGAAACCCAGGAAGGGGAAGAGGACGUAGAAACUACGUACCUUUUCCUGCGAGAGAGGUGAUAGCUGCAGCAGCUGUGAUGGAAGAAGAAUGGGAAGAUAUGGAUGGAGGAGAGGAAUGAGGAAGCCAGGCUCUUGUUUUGUUGGACCCCGGGGAGCCGAUGGUCACACUUGAAAUCGGGGACCAACAAUUGGACUUUUUAGUGGACACAGGUGCCGAAAAAUCAGUAGUAAAUACAAAAAUUAGUCCACCAACUCGGGAAACUACGAAAGUAAUAGGGGUGUCUGGGAAGACCCAGAAGUGCCCCUUCCUCAAGGAACGCACCUGCAAUCUGGCCGGACAUCAGGUCAAGCAUAAGAUGUUAUAUCUUCCAGACUGCCCAGUCCCUUUAUUGGGAAGGGACAUUUUAUCAAAAUUACAAGCACAACUCCAGUUCAUGAAGAAUGGACAAAUGGAACUAUCAUUUCCCAUGGAAGAGGAAUGGAGACUGUUUCAAGUUAGGAUUUUUACUGAAGAAAUACAAUGGCCAUGGCAUGAGACUCCUUUAGUGUGGGCAGAAGAUAAUCCUCCAGGAUUAGCUAAAUAUGUUCCACCGGUGGUGGUGGAAGUGAAAAGAGGAAUGGGACCCAUAUGUAAGCCACAGUAUCCCGUCAGUCGAGAGGCGGUGCAGGGGAUCAGAAAGCAUCUAGAGCGACUUCUGCAGCAUGGGAUAUUGGUACCAUGCAGUUCCCCAUGGAACACGCCCCUGCUCCCAGUCAAGAAACCUGGAGGACAAGGAGAAUAUCGCCCAGUUCAAGAUUUGCGGGCUGUAAAUCAAGUCACCAUUCCCCUAACCCCAGUAGUGCCUAAUCCAUACAUCAUGAUGAGUCUAGUACCAGCAUUUGCCAAAUGGUUUACUGUAUUGGAUUUAAAGGAUGCAUUCUUUUGCAUUCGAUUGGCCCCUGUAUCCCAACCGAUCUUUGCUUUCCAGUGGGAAUCUCAGCAGUCAGGGCAAAGGACCCAGUAUGUUUGGACACGCCUUCCUCAGGGGUUCCGGGACAGCCCGACCAUUUUUGGUCAAGCCCUGGCCAAAGACUUACAGGAUUUUGUAAUACCUAAGGAAGAGGGAAUUUGGCUUCAGUAUGUAGAUGACCUGCUUGUCGCUUGCCGGACACUAGAGGGCAGUAGAGACCAUACUUUGAGGCUACUCAAGGAAUUAGAAAUAAAGGGUUACAAAGUAUCAAGGAAAAAGGCCCAGUUGUGCUGUCCCACGGUGAAAUAUUUGGGGUUCCAUCUGACCGAAGGAAAGAAGAUGUUAGGAGCUGAAAGAAAGGAAGUUGUUUGCGCCAUCCCCACUCCCAGUACCCGGCGACAGGUGCGGGAAUUUUUGGGAUCAGCAGGAUAUUGCAGACAGUGGAUCCCCAACUACGCCGUGUUGGCUAAGCCACUGUACCAGGCUACGAGAGGUGGAAGAGAAGAUCCGUUUGAGUGGACAGAAGAAUGUCAAUAGGCGUUUAAGGCAUUAAAAGAAGCAUUGAUGUCAUCUCCAGCAUUAGGACUGCCUGAUUUGGAAAAACCAUUCACUCUGUUCGCUGCAGAGCGGGAAGGAACAGCGGUUGGAGUAUUGACCCAACCACUAGGUUCAUGGCAAAGGCCGAUUGCCUACUUGUCAAAGCAAUUGGACACAGUGGCUCGUGGAUUGCCACCUUGCCUGAGGGCUGUGGCAGCAUCAGUAGAUUUAAUCAAAGAAGCAAAUAAAUUGACCCUAGGACAGCCACUGACAGUUAAGGUGCCCCAUAGCGUUAAGGCACUGUUAGACACUAAGGGACCGCGCUGGCUCACAAGUGAGAGGUUAAUGAAAUAUGAGGGAUUGUUGUGUGACAACCCACUGGUGACCCUGGAGACUUGCUCCACUCUGAAUCCGGCCACCUUGCUCCCGACUCCAGGAGACACCAAGAUCCAUCAGUGUGCCCAGGUGAUGGAUGAGGUAUUCUCCAGUCGACCGGAUUUGAAGGAUGUGCCACUGACUAAGGUGGACGACACUCUGUUCACAGAUGGAAGCUCCUUUAUGGAAAAUAAUCAAAGACACUCAGGUUAUGCGGUUGUCCGGUGGGGGGGAGAGACGCUGGAAGCAGGGUCACUGCCCCCGGGGACUUCUGCCCAGAAGGCCGAAUUGAUUGCCCUGACCCGAGCGUUGGAAUUGUCAAGCGGAAAGCGGGUCAACGUCUACACAGACUCAAAAUAUGCCUUCACUACCCUCCACGCACACGGAGCACUGUACAAGGAGCGCGGGCUCCUCACGUCUGGAGGAAAGUGCGUGAAACAUGCUGGAGAGAUUGUGGAUCUCCUGGAGGCGGUUUGGAAGCCAAGGCAGGUGGCUGUGAUGCAUUGUAAAGGGCACCAACGUGGAGACGAUCCCGUAGUGCAAGGAAAUAGGCAGGCUGAUCUGGCAGCCAAAGAGGCAGCUAGGCUGCCCUAUAUUGAACAUCAGGUAAUGGCCCUACAGGUAGAAUUAACUGAACAUAACAUUACAUAUACACCAGAGGAAGAAGAAUGGGCCUUAAAGGAGAAGGGUCAGUGGUCAGGAGAACUCAUAGUGAUGCCAGACGCCCGUGUCUAAGGACUUGGCAUGGCACUUAGUCCAACACAUGCACCAAAACACACAUUUAGGAAAAAUGGCAUUGGCAAAUCUGCUAGGACGACAGUUGUAUAUCGAUGGAUUACAUAGCCUAACGGCAGCAGCAGCCCGAAGAUGCUGGACAUGUAUCAAAAAUAACCCCAGAGAAGGACCCCUCAAGCCACCAGGAGUCCAACAUGUGGGUGGGGUACCCUUUGAAGCUUUAGUCACUGACUUUACAGAAAUGCCCCCAUACAAAGGAUACAAAUAUUUACUGGUGUUCGUGGACACAUACACAGGAUGGGUGGAGGCUUACCCUACAAGGACUGAGAAGGCUGUGGAGGUGUCAAGAGCUCUAAUGAAAGAUGUUAUUCCCAGAUUUGGCAUACCCUUAGAAAUUGGGUCAGAUAAUGGCCCCGCAUAUAUUCAACAGGCCGUGCAAGGAUUAUGUAGAAUUUUGGGCAUAAAAUGGAAGUUACAUUGUGCAUAUAGACCCCAAUCUUCUGGAAAAGUGGAAAGAAUGAAUAGGACAUUAAAGGCUCAGCUUGGGAAACUUUGCCAAGAGACAGGAUUGCCGUGGACGGUGGUUUUGCCCAUGGCAUUAUUAAGAAUCAGAUGUACACCACACAAACGGACAGGACUCUCCCCUUUUGAAAGACUCUAUGGACGACCCCCUUUGAACUUGAAGGGAGCCUUAGAGACAGGAGCUGAGCAACACCUCAUAGGAGAGAAACAGACAUUGGCCCAGGUUCAGGCUUUGGGCAGACAAAUGCAGCAGUUAGAAAAAUACAUUUCUGAAUUGAACCCACCAUUCCCUACCACACCUCUACAUUGUUUUUCAACCGGUGACGAGGUUCUGGUCAAGGAUUGGAAGAUUGAGCCAUUGGGACCCAAGUGGCGAGGACCCUAUGUUGUGCUCCUGUCUACCCCCACUGCAGUGAAGGUGAAGGAGAUUAAGCCGUGGAUACAUUACACCCGUGUAAAACUAGCACCUGAGGAGUGGCGGACGGAGCGAGUUCCUGGUGAGGACCUGAGACUCAGGAUCAUCCGGCAACUCCCUAAGGGGUCAACAAGGCCAUGAAGCUGAUCCCUUCGGGUGCAACGGAGCGUCGGUGGUCAAGUAUGUCGCAGCAUGGCCCAACAAAGGCGCUCUCCGGGAGAUGGUGGCUAGACAUUUUGAGAGGAAAAAGUGGGAGACAAGUUAUGGGGAGGGGAGGAAAGCGCACUGUGUUUGGUAUAUUAUUUGUGCUGAGUUUUAUUCUCUCUUUUGGAAAAAGAGCACAUGGGAAUUGGAUAAAAGAACAUGCCAAUUAUAUGUUUGAGCAGCACGGGAAAGAGGUAGCAUUAAUAUAUGAACACCCCCUCACCAUAGGAGAUUUUUCAUUUCUUCCCGAUUUAAUUGAUGAACCACAGAUUGUGUUGGAGGGAUUGUCCAAGGCUCAGGAGGGUCCACCUACCGUGUUUUCUAGCAUACCGCAAUAAAUAAAUAAAACUCGGUUUCGACGGUUUAGAUACCAUACCUCGACCAGGGGUUUGUGCUUCUGUUGUGGAGGAUCGGGAAUAUGGAAUUCUGAGUGGAGACAAUGGGGAACUAGGCAGGCGUUCUUUUCCCGAUUAGGCAAUUACUCCCAUUGUCGAGACCGGUUCUAUCUACAUGGACGAUUUAAUACAUCUUAUGUCUCACGAUUAAAUCUAACCGCAACCGAGUGGGCUAGCAGGUAUCCAGAUUAUCCUACAUUUAGUGUGAAUGAUUCUAUUGAGGGCCUAAAAUCUUAUAUGAACAUACUGCAACAAUUAACCCAACUGAGCCUAGGUAAAAGCCUCUGUCCGUUAUGGCAAAUUAGGGAUCCAAAUCUAUGGUUUUUCUUUGAUAAAUGGGCCACAAAUUAUCACCCCGGCAACUACCAGUGUGUCGGUGUGGGUUAUUUGACAUUCCCAGUUCAGGUCUUACACAAAAGGCAUCAGCGCCUGAAACGGGACAUUGUGCAAACAGGCCCUCUAGGACCAGAAUGCUCGGAUGAGGUCAUUAUUAACAAGGCCCUGUCAGGUUCAGAAGCCUCCCGUGUAGGAGGAGGCCUGAUCACAGGCUUGUUGACCCUGGGUGCUUACCCAGGGAUUGUAGCUCAAGCAAAUCGUAGAAGUGUUCUGGGCCUGACUUGCCGCCUUGAAAAGUCCAUAAAUGCCACUGGUAAAAUUUUCCGGGAAAUCCAGUCUGAAGUAGAAGAAAUCAGCCAGAUGGCCCUACAGCAUAAGUUGGCCCUUGACUACCUACUGGCGGCCAAGGGGUUAUGCGCCAUGGUUAGAGGGCGUUGUGUAGUGAAAUUUCAUAACUUGAAUAGUACUAUUGAAGAUGACAUCGAGUCAUUGCAAAAGCUAAUUUACAAUAAUGUCCAGGAGGUAGAAGGUUGGUCUCCCUUCUCCUGGGUGACUAGCUGGUUACCCUCAGUAGAAUGGUUGAAGGACAUAUUGUUGGUAGGGAUUUUAGGAUUGUUCAUUGUUCUCAUAGUUAUGUGCUGCACUCCAAUAAUGAUGCAAAUGUGUACUAGGUGUGUCACACAAUCUUUACCUGGAGAAAAGAUAGCUAUACUCCAAGCCAAGCGGGAUUGGAUGGAACCAUAAUGCUUUGCUUCAGCUUUUGUACAUGCGCUUCGCAAAAAGAAAAUGGGGGAGUGAGGCGGGAGGUUAAAGAACCCCAGGAAAUACCAUAUAUGGGCAGAGAUGGCGACAGCUAGCGACCCGGGUGCAUAAACUCACAGAAACAUGUGACUUCUGGGAAAUCAUGUGUUUCUGAAGAAAUGAAAGCUAAAGAUAAACAAACAGCGCAUGCGUACGCAGGCGCUCUGAAUGAUUGUGAGCACGGCACAGAAAGAGUGCGGCCGGCCCGCUGGUCAGCACUGAUUGGGUCCAAGUCAGGCAGCGUCACAACUCUAAGCCAAUGAAUUUGCUUGUGGGCGGGCAUAACCCGAACCCUGUAGUGUGUAUAAAUAUUUACUCAGCCCGCCACUGGGGGUUCUCCCUGGGAAAAGCACUUAUUUUGUGCGAGGGGGAACCCUAGUGGCCAUUAGCCAAAUAAAACUGCUUUCUUGGAAUUAU